GGCCUUAUAAACCCCGGUGCCUAUCUGCUACCUGCCCAACGUUGUCUCUACAUCUGUCCGACUUCCCGCCCUAGUAGUGAUAAUCCCCAAGCCACUUGGCAUCAACAACUUUCGGACUUACAACAUCCCCCCCCCGCAUCUGCAUUUCGAGCCUUCAGUUAUCUUUCUUUCUUUUCCAUCGGUUGCAGAGCAGUGCGGUUGAACAAGUACACGCCCUCCCUCGAACGAGUUGACCGGUCCAUUUCGAUGAAGGAACCUUUGAAUAAUUCCUCGUACACAAAUCGCAUUCGCUCCUGGGUAAACCCCAAGACGCAUGGAGCUCCAGGCCCCGUCAGCUUGCUUCCCAUAAGCAAUUCUCCUCCCAUCACCACCACUACCACAACCGACACCACUCCCACCGUCGGCCAAAAUGCCACGCUCAACGACAGCAGCCGCGGCGGAAAUGUGCCCUCCGCGCACGAACAGCCCCAGACUUCCACAGACUCUUCGUCAACCGGCGGCCAUCACAAGGAGGAUAGCAGUAAUGGCGCCAAGUCCCCGACGGCUGCAUCACACCAAGCUGCGGGGCAGGGGCCUGAGUUAGAAACUACCGUCUCUGCUGCCGCUCAGGAACAAGAGCAGAAGCAGAAGCCGAACGUCGCAGUUAGAUUUGGGAAGGUCCUCAAGCAGGUCUUGUUUCACAACAAGCUCGUGAACUUGAUGUUGGUCUUUGUCCCCGUUGGCAUUGUUGUCAGCCAGCUACCGGGCUCCUCGCCCGGUCUCAUCUUCGCCAUGAAUGCCCUUGCCAUCGUUCCUCUUGCCGGCCUCCUCAGUUAUGCCACCGAAAGCGUGGCCCGUAAGCUUGGAGACUCGCUUGGCGCCUUGUUGAAUGUCACAUUCGGCAACGCUGUAGAGCUGAUCAUUUUCAUGUACGUUUUCUGCCCUGCUAGUCCAGGUGCACCAUCCCGUCUCCAAAACUGUCCAUAUGCUUACAGAGUCCGUUUCGUUCAACGUUUACAGCAUCGCCCUCGUCAAAGACGAGCUCAGCAUCGUACAGGCUUCGCUCCUUGGCUCAAUCUUGGCCAACCUGCUCCUCAUCCUGGGCAUGUCGUUCUUGCUUGGCGGUCUUCGUUUCCGUGAACAGAUUUACAACAGCACCGUCACCCAAAUGAGUGCUUGUCUUCUCAGUUUGAGUGUUAUUAGCCUCGUCCUGCCUACUGCCUUUCAUUAUUCUUUUACGGACGUGAAUGACGCCGACAAGAAGACUCUGAAGAUCAGCCGCGGCACCAGUGUUAUUCUUCUGCUCGUAUACGUCAUCUAUCUUCUCUUUCAGCUCUUGUCUCACUCUUACCUUUACGAAUCCACCCCUCAGCAUAUCAUUGAUGAGGAGUCUACUCCGGGACCCGCCGCCGGCUGGCUCGAUUCCUCAAGCUCUGGCAGCGACUCUUCGACAGAUUCGGACUCGUCGGACUCGGACUAUUCUCGCGAGACAGUCUCCAAGAGAAUGAAACGUGUAAUGCGUGGUGGUCACCGCAGGAGAAAGUCAAGCAUCAUUUCUAACCUUACGAGCGAGAGCGUCGUUGCAGGUCACGAAAGGACCCCUUCGUUCGGCACCAGUGAUGCUGUCCCUGGCUAUGAUGAAGCCACACAAGAGGCAUCGUCAUCGCGACCCGCACUGGCCGUCAAUUUGCAUAGCCCUACCACUGAUGGAAAUGAGGAGGCUGUAGAAGACGAGAAGCACCACCGCAGGCGGCACAGGUAUAAACGACACAUGAAGAAGCAUCGCAAGCACAAGCACAAGAAGCAUCACCACAACGGAUCUCAGGAGUGCAUGAAUGGACAAACCAUCGAUGAAAACGCCGAGAUUCAGCCGGAUGUUGCGCCAACACUAUUAUCGCCUGGCGAGCCCCGUCGUGUCGACUUUGCCGUGGAACCUGCUAGCUCUGCCGAUAACGCUCAGGCUGAGACGUCAGCUGGCCGCCGCCCUUUCCCCGGUCUUCGCGGCAUGUCCCUUCGUCCUGUUGCCAGAAACUUGGCGCCGGCUGUGUUUGUCACGGGCCCUGAUUCCGUCAACUCUCCACCGGCCUCUUCCGGCCCUGUUCCGCGCGUCCGUUACGGCAUUCGCAGGACGAACUCGCUGCCGGACCGCCUCAGCCAAUCACUGUACCGUCCUCAGGGUGCCUUGAUGCCUUCGCAGAUUCCAAUGUCGGCUGUUGUUGACGGCGCUAUCCCCGAUAAAGACGGCGAUCAUCCCGACGACUUGUCCCGCGUCAGCGCCAUCAUCCUUUUGCUCGUAUCUACCGUCUUGGUAGCCGUCUGCGCCGAGUUCAUGGUUGACUCGAUUCACGACCUGGUCGAGACUGCCAAGGUUCCAGAGCUCUUCAUUGGCUUGAUUAUCCUUCCCAUCGUCGGCAACGCCGCUGAACAUGUCACGGCUAUUACCGUUGCCAUGAAGAAUAAGAUGGAUCUGGCGAUCGGCGUCGCUGUGGGUAGUUCUAUCCAAAUCGCCCUCUUCAUCACGCCGCUUGUCGUCAUUAUUGGUUGGUGCAUGGACAAAGACAUGACGCUCUACUUUACGCUGUUCGAGACGGUCUGUCUGUUCGUCUCAGCUUUCAUCGUCAAUUUCUUGGUGUUGGAUGGCAGGAGUAACUACUUGGAGGGAGCGCUGUUGUGUGCGACAUACGUCAUCAUAGCCUUGGUGUCAUUUUACUCCCCCAAUCCGACCGAGCCGGGCCAGAGUGCUUAGAGAGACGCCACAAAGACGGUCAAUGUCACAGAGGACGAAGGAUAUGGUUGAUUCAUAGGGAAUAUGCGGAAGCUAUGAGGGGGGACAUUUUAUACCUUUGCUUUCUACAUGCCAGCAUACCGGAUCACGGGAUGUAGCUGAGCUGUUUAUGUACUUGCUGCUUCAAUGUGCAUCAGUCACUGGGCUGGCACGGUUGGUUGGAUUCUGGUCUGUGGGGAACAAUUACCGGUACGGGUACGGCUCUGAUGAAAUGGGACUGGUCCGAUGUCUUAAUGAUGGCUGCUGGACACCAAGCGGUAGAAUAUUAUGCGAUAAUGGAAUAACGAAUUGACCUGGGAGCGAAUUGUGCUGCAGAUGAACCAGUCUAAUGUAAUGUUGACAUGUGAUAUUCACUAGUGAACAGCGAAAACGUUGAAAGGGGCA